UCUGAGGGAUUCAACGAGGGUUUUAGGGUUUUGCCUCUCCUCGUCGCAUUCGAAGUGAAAUCUGCAUCGCCAUUGUCAAGGAAAAAAGCUCCGCGAUGGUUGUGAGAAAGCUACAGCUACCGCUGAACCAGACACAAAAGAUAAGGUUGGAGAGAGCCCUCGAGCGGCUUCAAUCGCUUUCGUCGACGGCCAACUCCGACACCUCCGUCAUCGUCGCCGACUCCAUUCCCGUCAACUACGAAGAUGCCUUUCUCAAGGGGCACGGUACUUCGGAGAUCAAUGGCGAGGUCGUGGCGACGCUUUGCGGAGUGGUGGAGCGCGUGGAUAAGCUCGUCUACGUACGCGCGUUGAGAGCCAGGUAUAAGCCUGAGGUUGGGGAUAUCAUCGUAGGCCGUGUUAUUGAGGUUGCUCAAAAACGUUGGAGAUUGGAGAUCAACUUUAGCCAGGAUGCUGUAUUGAUGCUUUCUUCCAUGAACAUGCCCGAUGGUAUUCAGAGACGGAGGACGGCAGUGGAUGAGCUCAACAUGAGGAAUAUCUUCGAGGAAAACGACGUUGUGUGUGCCGAAGUACGCAACUUCCAGCAUGACGGCAGCUUGCAGUUACAAGCAAGAAGUCAGAAGUAUGGGAAGCUCGAAAAGGGUCAAAUCCUGAAGGUGGAUCCUUAUCUGGUGAAGAGAAGCAAACACCAUUUUCACCACGUUGAGCAGCUCGGGAUCGAUCUGAUCCUCGGUUGCAAUGGUUUCAUAUGGGUUGGGGAGCAUGUUGAAGUCAGAGAUCCCGUGAUGGCGGACGAACAGAAGAUUUCGUCUUCCGGGGUGAAGAAAGAGCAGAAGCACACUCCGCUCGAGACAAGACAGAGCAUAUGCAGGAUCGCAAAUGCCAUUCGUGUUCUCUCUAACUUAGGCUUCAGCCUGACGCUAGAAGUGAUAACGGAGACAGUGAAUCUUAGCACCUCCAUGAAUAUGGACGUACACGACAUGAUUGGACCCGAGUUCCAUGUCGUCGCUGCAGAGAACGAAGCGGAAAGAAGGCGUGCAAAGAGGAAAAGGUAAAGCCAAGCCGGUAACAUUUCGCAGAAGUGACUGUUUCAAAAUGGAUUAUAUUAUCAAAGAUGCAACAGUAUAGCUGUGAUAUACAUGUAUUAGAUCAUGUGGUACCUUUUUUGCAAAAGAUACAUGAGCAAAGUGUUUGAAUCCAGCCAACCCUUAGUGAAGUA